UGCUACUAUAGUAAUUGUUGGUCUAUGAUCUACCAGUGCUAUCGAUUCCAUUUGGACCACCCAAAGCAACCCAUGGAGAGCAAGAAGAAUGAUUUAAAUGUUAUGGGAAACUUAAGAAGGCAAGGACAAUAAUAUUUAAAUCUCAGCUGCAUGCAAACUUAACUCCCGUAACAAGCAGGAAGGCACUUGUAGUGACACUGGAAAUGGUAUAAUUAUCGGUUUGUCAGUUUCAGCCUACCAGCGCAUAGCUGUUGACAGGAUUUGGAGCCGUGAUGUUGACCAAGUGCUAUACUUAAGAAGUGCAGCGGUUAAUGCCCAGGUUCGAGAACCUCACUAUCGUCUUCCUUAGAGUGAUGGAUAGGAAACAGACAGCCCCUAUUAAAAGCAUCAAGCCAUUUCGAUCUAGCGAGGAUUAUCUCUUUGCUAUGAAGGAGGAUUUAGCUGACUGGCUCAAGGACCACCACGAAGCUGAUAUAAGCGCUGAGACGUUUUUUGAGGCACUGGAGACAGGUAGCCUCUUAUGCCAGCAUGCCAAUAAAGUGACGUCGGUAGCCACUGAGUUCGUCAGCCAAUUCCCACUCCCUGCCCAGAAAAUGCAGCUACCCCAAACAGGAGUUACCUUUAGUAGUCAUGCAGUACCGGGCACAUUUUGGGCCAGGGACAACGUAUCCAACUUCAUACAGUGGUGCAGGAAGGAAAUGAGUAUUCAAGAUGUUCUAAUGUUUGAGACAGAAGACCUUGUGCUCAGAAAGAAUGAGAAGAACUUUGUUCUCUGCUUGUUGGAGGUGGCUCGAAGAGCAUCCCGCUUUGGCAUGUCUGCCCCAGUCUUAAUUCAGAUGGAGGAGGAGAUUGAAGAACAGAUCCGUGAAGAACUGGAUCUCCCUCUAGAAGAAACUCCCAUUCCCAAACCUCAGAGACAGCUGUGUGAUUUCCGAAAUCUUGAUCAGAUGGUUCAGUUCCUGGUGAGCCGCUGUACCUGCCCAGUUCAGUUUCCUAUGUUCAAAGUUUCUGAGGGAAAGUACAAAGUGGGUGACUCCAACACACUUAUAUUUGUCAGGAUUCUACGUAACCAUGUAAUGGUACGAGUAGGUGGUGGUUGGGAUACACUCGAACACUACUUGGACAAACAUGACCCUUGUCGCUGUACCUCCCUUGCUCAUAGACAAACAGCAAAGAUUGCAAAUACUCAAAGGACUGCAACACCUGUUCAUGAGAUCAAGGCUUGUCUUCCUUCAAGAUUAGACAACCACAACAAACCACAGCCCACAAUUAUAGUUACCCGAAAUCAGGCACCACCUCCUCCAGUAGAAUGGAACCCAUCUUCAUCAGUGAAGGGGACAAAGCCAGACAGCAACAGCUCAGGGAACAUAUCCACAUCUACUAACAACACAACAAAGAAUUCUGGGUCACAGACUCAAGAACAAAACCAAAUUGCACACAGCAAGCUAAGAAAAGCUGUUAGUAUUCCAUCGUAUACACAAUGCUUUUGUGAAGAAACUGUCAAUUUUGAACAGAAUAGCUGCAUUCAUGCUGAGAAAGAGAAAAGCAACAAAACCAUAACUAGCCCACGCUCCACACACUCUGGAGGAAACAGUCCUAGAAUUUCACAUGAGGUUGCAGCGUCUCAACUGAGGAAGAAUGGAGCAGCGGCUGCCAUCGUCACACAGCAAGAACCCAUGCAGCCAUUGUCAACACAGCCAGAUGUAAAGGACAGCAGAUCAAGCAAGAGCUGGGCAAAAACACAUUAUGCAGAGCCAAAUGCAAAGCGUAAUACAAUACAUGUAGAUAACAUUAAUUAUCUCACUGGCAGAAACUCUUCAAGGACUCCGCUAUCAUUUGCAAAUAGCUCGACUUCUACACAGUCAUCAAGUGCAUGCAAACAGUCAUACCAGCAACAAAAUCGGUGCAGACCACCUUCACCAGAUGUAAAACAGCAAUCUGCUGUUAAUUCUCAAAGCUUGAAAGAUCUUUCAACAAUUCGGUGUCCCUCCCCAACAAAGCAGUGCCCCCAGUAUGAGAAACAGGACAAUAGCGUAAAAGUUUCUAUGAGAACUAGUCUAGUCUCAAAGAGAUCACCGAGCCCAACUAAAAAUUACCAAGUAAAUAAACAGACUACAAAUAAAGUAAUCAGAGAAACAGGAUCUGGUUCUGUUUUUAUUGCUGGUGGCAUUGAAACAAAUGAAAAUCAUGAUAGUAUUCAGAAAAGCAGAACCAUUAACUGUCUAGCAAAACCUGGCAAUACCAUCCAAGUUACUCUCAGCAAUAAAGUUCAACAGAAAAUUAUGGAAGCAAAAAAUGAAUACAACAGUGUAAGAUAUAGACAGCAAUCUAAAAGGUGUCCAGAAAACCAGAUCAAUGAUAACAGUAGUUCCUGCUGUGACAAUGUACGAGAAAGUUUAUUUUCACCUCCCCCUAUUGAUCAUGAACAAGAAAUGAAGAUUUAUCGGAGCCUAGAAGAGGAAAUUAUGUCUAACAUAAAGGUUCUUGAGAAUGAUUUAGAAGAAACUCAUAAUGAAGACAGUGAACUCAAUGAGUCCACAACUGAGUCAUGCUUAUCCAAUUCUCUUCAGAGAAGUCUUACUUCACAUGACUUCUCAGAUGCUGUCAAACAGUCUUCGAAUGUUUCUCCUUCCAUCCCCCCUAAAAAGGUUGCCUCUCGGGCUGACACAGGUUCUUUCAGUGAAUCUCUUUCACAGGAAGACUCCCCACAUUUCAAGCCUAGUGGACGCUAUGAUGAUGUCAUUGCUGAAUUAUCUAAGGGUCCCAGAAAGCUUAAUCGUGUAGAUGUGGAAAACUGGAUAGCUAAGAACCACCCCAAACAAACCGAUAAGCUCACUGGUGCAAUCAGCAGGCUUCGUGGCAAUGGACUGAGGAGGUCUGAUGCUAUCUCAAAUGGCAUGAGUGCUACUCUCAGAGUGAAACAAAGCACUCAUGAGACUGUAGACCCUGAACCAAGAACACAGUGUGUACACAAUUCCACCAGACAAUCCAAGGAAGUCCCAGUCUGGGACAAACCUGCUAAUGGAAAAGAUGGAGACAGUACUGAUUAUUCAAGUUCAGUAUCUUCCAUGAAACAAGUAAACCACCCUCAAGAUAACAAAGCACGUGCAGAGAAGCCAAGGCGAUCAUUGAAAAAGCCUGAAAGAGUUCCAUCAAUCUACAAACUGAAGUUGCGGCCAAAAAUUCGGCCACGCAGAGAUCACAGGCCAGACAAAAAUCCCUCUAGGAUCCCUACCCCAAUGCGCUACAGACAGAGGGAAAAUACAAGAGGUCAAGAUAAAUCUGAAAUGGCACAAAACAGAAUCAAACGCUUUCCACGGAAUCAAAAGCAGCUGAAACCUCGUGGAUCCCAGAGUUCUAAUACAUCUCUCUGUUCUGCACAGAGCACUGAAGAGUUUGGUUCUGAAGAAGAUGCCUCAUUUCAUGACCUUAGCAGCCUACAGGAUACUAUGACUUUAGGUAGGGAAACAGUUCAGCCAGGAAAAAACAUGAAAGAAUCCAAUGAAGAAGAGUCCUGGGUGUAAAGUUAUAAUAAGUAGCCCUUUAGAAACAUCAGUAGAGUGAAAAACGAAAUUGCUGCUACAUACUUUACAAGUGAUGAAAGUGACAAUUUUACCAGUAUCAGAUAAAAAAACAAAAUAAUGAUACAUAAUUAUUAAUGCAUUUUCAGUUUAAUUAAUGUUGCACUGAAAGAAAAAGUAUCUUAGAUAUGCUCACUUUCUGCAUAUUAGCCAGGUCAUUCAAAUUAUGAAAUCUCUUUAAAAUAUAUUUCAGGGAAGAUAUAAAACUUCACAUUGGCAAGUGGUUUACUUGGUCCUGAUCUAUGAGUAACUAAGUUAAAUGCUGCAGUCAUUUAGAGGAAUACUUAAAAAGAAGGUGUUGUUAUAACAGCAUAGACACUAAUUAAUAACAUGGUCUGUGCGUCUCAAUAGUAUGCAAUGCUAGCCACAUAUUCCAUGCUGUGUUGAAAUAUUGACUGACCACAGUAUCGAACAGCACUAUACUGAAGCUCACAUCAUCAAACUGGCUUUAGACCUCAGUGACUGUAUUUCUUGAGAAUGGGUGUUUGCUUUCCCCCAAUGUGGAGUGAUGUCAGACUUAGUAUAUAUAAUGUGCUAGUGGAGUUGCCCACUACUGAAAAACUGUUUUUUUUUUUUGCCUUACCUGCAUGUAGUUGAAAAGCUGGUUCAAAGAUGUGAGCACUGAUCUAGUGCCGUUCGAUAUUGUGGUUAGCCAGUAUUUCAAAAUAGACCCCAGUGUUAGCACUAUCCCCUCAGUUGCACAGAACUAAGAUGUUCACAGAUAAGGAUGAUGCCACAUUCAAGACAGAAGAAAAGAACACUUGAAAAGACACCUUUAUGACCUUAAGAAACUGAACAUCCUUUGCAGGGUUGUCUUUCCUUAAUAGCCGCUGGUUGCUAAAUGUUUAUAGAAUAGAAUGUUUAAACCCAUGAACCCUUAUUUUUAUGGUCUAGUUCAAGAUAAUUAGAAAAAUGCCUUUGUGCUUAUACAUAUGUGAAAUUAGUCAAAUAUACGUUUGUACUUUCCUCUUAAUAAACCUACU